AUGGCUGAUACACCAUCCGCCCCCGCGCCUUCAACAUCCACGCCCUUACCCACCGAUUCCUCCACCACCUUACCUCCACAAAGACAAACCACAACCACAAUGGCAGACACAAACGGCGGCCCGAACACACCCUCCUUCGACCUCUCCAGCGCCGCAGCAACCCAAGUCCGACCCGGCGGUGCCCCGGCCCGAGUAUUCCUCAACGAGAAGAUUGUGCCGUAUCUGCUUGAAGGGAUGAAGACUAUUACGAGGGACCAACCUGCCAAUCCGCUCCAGGUGCUAGGCGAAUUCCUGAUUCAGAAGAGCAAGGAAGUCGAAGGUGAUGCGAAGAAAGAGUCGGAGUGA